CUGCACUAUUACCGUGGAACUAAAAAAAAAAGCCUACCGCUUCCUUUGCAGAGAGGAGACUGAAGAACGAGACAUGAAUUCCAAUAUCAGGAGUUUUUUCGAUUCUGUCGGAUCCUUCUUCGGCAGUGGCGAUAACAUCCCCUGGUGCGAUCGCGAUAUCAUUGCUGGUUGUGAAGACGAGGUUGCUAAUGCAAGAAAUGCUGAGCAUAAGAAUGAAAGCCUUGUGAGAUUGUCUUGGGCUCUUGUUCAUUCUAGGCAACCUGAAGAUGUAAAUCGCGGGAUAGCCAUGCUUGAAGCUUCUUUGGAUAGUUCUAACAGCCCACUACAAACGAGAGAGAAGUUGUAUCUCUUAGCCGUUGGACAUUAUAGGAAUGGAGAUUAUGCUAGAAGUAGGCAGCUUUUGGAACGCUGUUUGGAG